AUGUGUCGUAACCGAGUGGUUGGAACCUUGGCUGACUCUGAGAUUUUCAGUUCCAAAUUAAAAGAUAUUGAGAAGCGCUGUGUGCUCUAUCUGGGAAAGAUUGCUCCUUGCUCCAAAGAGGAUGUUGAAGAACAUCUAUCUAACUUUAACAUAGACUUUUUUACUGUCAAUCCUACUGGUUCAAAGAAAAUUUCUAACAUAUCUGCUAAAGUUUCUGAGAAUUCAAAGAAACUUUGUGAUAAUUCCUCUAAUAUUACUGUUGAUCCUAAUGGUACAAUGAAAACUUCUGAUCAAUCUUCUGAGAACUCAUCUGUUUUAAGCUCUGCUUUCAGAAUCUGUAUACUGGAAAAUCAGAAAGAUAAAUUUUUCAACUCAGAUAUAUGGCCUUGUCAUGCUAUUGUCAGAGACUGGAUUUUUAAAACCAAGGAUAACAAUUCUGUUAAUCAUGGCUGA